AUGGGUGUUCCCAAGUUCUUCAGAUGGCUCUCGGAGCGUUAUCCGGCCAUCUCGCAGCUCAUCGCUGAGAAUCGAAUCCCCGAGUUCGAUAAUCUAUACUUGGACAUGAACGGCAUCAUACACAAUUGCACACACAAGGACUCGUCAGAUGCGACGUUUCGCAUGACUGAAGAAGAGAUGUUCAUUCGUAUCUUCAACUAUAUUGAACAUCUGUUUGGCAAGAUCAAGCCCAAGAAGUUAUUCUUCAUGGCCAUCGACGGAGUCGCACCUCGCGCCAAGAUGAAUCAGCAGAGAGCUCGUCGUUUCCGAACUGCUCUCGAUGUCGAGAAGGCCCGCGAAAAGGCCAUUCGCGAGGGUCAAGAAAUGCCCAAGGAGGAAGCAUUUGAUAGUAAUUGCAUCACUCCCGGCACCGAGUUCAUGGCCAAAUUGACCCAGCAGCUCAAGUACUUCGUCAACAAGAAGAUCUCCGAAGAUGCUGACUGGCAAGGCUGCGAGGUGGUGCUGUCAGGCCACGAGGUUCCCGGCGAAGGAGAACACAAGAUCAUGGAAUACAUCAGAAAUGCCAAGGCGCAGCCUGACUACGACCCCAACGUCCGUCAUUGCUUGUACGGCCUUGAUGCUGAUCUCAUCAUGCUGGGGCUUCUUAGCCACGAUCCCCACUUCUGCCUGCUCCGAGAGGAAGUUGCCUUCGGCCGCGCAUCGAAGACGAAGUCAACGGAGCUGGAGCAUCAAAAUUUCUAUCUGAUGCAUCUUUGCAUUGUUCGGGAGUAUCUGGAGUUGGAAUUUCAAGAUCUAAAGAAGGACGGCGCCCUGAAGGUUCCUUUUGACAUGGAAAAGGUCAUAGAUGAUUUCAUUCUCAUGGCGUUUUUUGUCGGCAAUGACUUCCUUCCUAAUCUUCCCUACUUACACAUCAAUGAGGGCGCCUUGGCGACCAUGUUCCGGAUCUACAAGGACAUCUUGCCGCAGUGCGACGGCUACAUCAACGAAGGAGGAGUUAUCAAUUUUCAGAGGCUCGGCUUGCUGCUUGAGCAGUUGUCCAAGGAGGAAUAUCGCCACUUCGAGCACGAGUUUUCAGAUGCUAAGUGGCUCAGGGGCAAAAGGCUCGCUGAAACCAACGGCGUUCAAAAUGCGAAGACCAAGGGGAAGAUGACGAUGACUUCAUCGCAGAAGGAGCUUUGGAAGAAGAUACGGAAGUAUGUGCAAAAGCGACCUUCAGACAACCUAGAUUUGGGUACAGAGCUUAUCGCAGCCGAUCGCAAGUUCGUCCAGGAUAUCGCUGAAAAUCUCCACAUCGACUGGCGCACAAUUGAGGAUGACGAUGGACAUCGUCAUCUCACUAUCGCCUUCCCCGAAAGGCCCAGGGCCGACGGGGACGAAGAGGACGAGGAAGAAGAAGAGGGUCACUUGGCCCUUCUUCGUGUCAUGAAGCGCUAUGACAAUGCCCAAGUCGUGGACCAAUCUGCUGAAGAGGCCCAGGCUUUGAUGCAAGUUCAGUACGAGGAGAAGUUCCUCGAGUGGAAGGAGACCUACUACGCCUCGAAAUUUGAAUGGAAGCCUGAGGAGAAAGAGAUCGGGCUGAGGGACCUCUGCGAGAACUACGUCCAAGGUCUACAGUGGGUGCUGUUCUACUACUACCGGGGUGUAGCAUCUUGGCCGUGGUUUUACGGGUACCACUACUCGCCCAUGACUUCUGAUGUUGCUAAAGGCUUCAAUGCGGAUCUCAAAUUCAAGCUUGGCCAGCCCUUCAGACCAUUCGAGCAACUUAUGGGUGUUUUGCCCGACCGAAGCAAAAAGAUCGUGCCCAACGUCUACCAUGAGCUUAUGACGGACCCAAAGUCCCCCAUCAUUGACUUCUAUCCCCGAGACUUCGAGUUGGAUAUGAACGGUAAGAAGAUGGAAUGGGAAGCUGUCGUCAAAAUUCCGUUCAUUGACGAGAAGCGGCUGCUCUCUGCCAUGGGACCCAAGAACGAGCUGCUUUCGCCGGAUCAGAAGGCGCGAAACGACUUUGGCGUCUCACUGAAGUUCACUUACGAUCCGAACACGGACUUUACGUACCCGUCGUCCAUGGUGGGUGUGUUCCCCGACCUCCAGCACUGCAAGUGUGUUGAGAAUAUCUACGAUCUUCCCACCGCAGACGGACUGGAGCUUUACAGGGGAUUGAUCGACGGAGUGAAGCUUAAUAUCGAGGCCUUGGCCGGUUUCCCCAGCUUGGCCACCUUACCAUACAAUGGAGCUCUCGGUUUCCACGGCGUCAAUGUGUUCCAGCAGGACAGCCGCAAUGAAAGCAUGGUUGUCACACUGUCGGAUGUCGAAAUGCGCUGUAGAAUCGCGACGGCCAAGGUCAAGCUUGGCCAGACGUGCCACGUUGGCUAUCCCUUCUUGCAAGAAGGCAAGGUUGUUGGAGUUUCUGACGAGCUCUUCGAUUACUCGCUCUCUGCCGACGGCUCUGAGGUACUUCCUCGCGAGCAUGUCGGCAAAGAAAUCGACACGUGGAGACGAAAGGCAGACCGUAUCGAAGAGUUCUACAGCAAGCGCCUUGGUAUCAUCAUUGGCACCGUCGAGUCCAUGGUCCAUGUCGACAUGCUAAAGGGUCUGAUCAAGACAGACGAGGGUGCGUUGGUCAAGGAGUAUGGAUACAUCCCUGGCGUGGAAACCGACUAUGCCUCUCAAGUGGUUGUUGAUGAAGUCGUCAGCGAAGAUGCACGCUUCAUUGAGAGGGUGGCUUUGCCGAUCGAGGAAGAAUUCCCGAUCGGAUCGCGGGCCUUCUUCGUCGGUGAUUACAACUACGGUCGUCCCUUAGAGAUUACUGGUCACAAGGGCAACCAAGCUGAAAUCCGAAUUUCUACUUUGCCGCAGAAGGAGCUGGAUUUCGCCAAGUCCAUCAUCCAACAAGCCGAAAGGCAGAACCGGUACAUACCCUCGUAUGCCGUCUCCAAGAAUCUUGGUCUUCACCCGCUGGUCCUCAGCAAGAUUACCUCGUCGUUCCAUGUUCACACAAUUGGGGGCAGCAUGAAGGUCAAUCUCGGAUUGAACUUGAAAUUCGACGCGCGAAAGCAAAAGGUGCUUGGCUACUCGCGGAAACCAGCUGCCGGCUGGGAGUUCAGCCCGGUGGCUGUUAAGCUCAUUGCUGAUUACAUGGUUGCGUUCCCCGACUUCUUCGCCGCCAUCUCAGCGAAUCCCCAUGGAAAGGAGCAUCACGAGGCAGACCUCUUCCCCAACGCCGCGGAGCCCGGUAAAAGGGUCAAAGACAUUGGCGGCUGGCUUAAGUCUGUCGAGACUAGCAAGUUUGAGCGUGUCCCACUUGACGCCGAACAGCUAGACUCGGAAGUUGUGAAGGCAGUUGAACGGGCAGCAGACCAGGUGGUUCAGAACGCACCUACCGCCGUGGCAAAAACCAUGCGCGCCGUGCCCCGAAACGCGUUGAUGCGACCGCAGGAUGCCGAGCAGCGCCUCGGCAACCAGAAAUUCAGUCUGGGUGACCGGAUUGUAUACAUUCAGGAUUCCGGCAAGGUGCCCAUCGCCAUGAAGGGUACUGUUGUUGGCAUCAGCACCGUCGGUAACAACCACAUGCUCGAUAUUGUCUUCGACAAUGCUUUCAUGAGCGGCACCACGCUAGGCGAGCGUUGCUCGCCGUUCCGCGGAGGCACAGUCCCAGCCAACUCUGUCCUCAAUACGACUAACCGGCAGGUCCGCGCGGUUUCCAAGACGAGCUUAGAGAGACAGCCUCCUCAGACGACGAUGCCGCUAACUGGUAGAGGAAGAUAUGGCGGAGGGGAUGGGCAGCAGACCUACCGCGACGCUCCUGCUCUAGGGCCACUGAACGGCACCUGGCGGGGUGCAUUGAACGGCCACCGUGGCCGUGGAGGACAGAAUACCCCGGGAUCCAGUCAGCAAGCUCAUGCUGGUCACAAUGGGCCUCCAAGCCUGCAGCCAGCAAACCUGGUCUAUCGACCCGCUCCUGCCAACAAUGGCCGUGGUGGACGCGGUGGUCGCGGUGGCUUCCACAACCAUGUCCAGCCGCAACUCCGGUCUGCUUUGAAUGGCGUUCAUGGCGAAGCGCAAGGCGUUUAUAGUGCUGUUCCUCCUCCGACGAAUCUGGAUGUCACACGCGGUCGAGGUAGAGGUAGAGGUCGGGGGCGAGGUAGAGGUGGCCCACGAGGACGGGGUGGACCGCAGCAAGGCGCGGCUUGA